AACCAAUCGCUAACCAGUUGUUGUUUCUACACGUGAACUUUACGGUGACGGUCAAAACUCACCGGUACGCAAACAACUUUCGAGGACAACGACAUCUACGCCUAGAGUGCAACGUCAUGUGGAGCUGAUGGGGAUGUUGUUGCACAUCAGAAGGACAUUGCCUUACUUCAGAGGCUCCUUAAGAACAUGCACUUGUACAACGCUCCCUGGGGUGACUCGCACCUGUAGCACUCUAUUGACUGACAGCAAGGGGAGCCUUGUUCUGUAUUCCCAGUCCACCAACGUGUAUGAGAACCUUUCUUUGGAGGACUGGAUCGAAGCCAAUGUGGACCUGCAGGAUCGCAACAUUCUGUUGCUGUGGCGCAACAUGCCAGCUGUGGUCAUUGGGCGACACCAGAAUCCAUGGAAGGAGUGCAACUUGUCGCUUAUUAGGCGAUUGGGGAUAUCUCUAGCCCGCAGGCGAAGUGGUGGAGGCACAGUCUUCCAUGAUCUAGGGAACCUGAACUUGACCUUCUUUGCUUCAAAGAAGGGGUACGACCGCCAGAGGAACCUGAAGGUCAUCACUGAGGCCCUUAAACAGCUCCGGCCCGAAUUGGAGGUUGCAGCAACCGAGAGGUUUGACAUUUUCCUGAAAGGACACUACAAAAUCACAGGAAGUGCCUCGAGAAUCAGCAGGAAGUCGUCGUAUCAUCAUUGCACCCUGCUCCACUCGGCUGACCACGACGCUCUCUCCCCUGUGUUGCGCUCCUCUUGCAAGGGUGUCCACAGCAAUGCCACACCCAGCGUGCCCUCUCCUGUGGCCAACCUGGUGGACCAUGACCCCACAAUCACAUGGGAGGCGCUACUUGACGCGUUGGCACAUCAAUACAGUUCAGAGUUUGGCGGCAGCGCCGUAAUGAAUUUGGUGAAUCCCGCCGAUGACUCUGCGUUUCCUGGUCUCAAUAGCACGUCCACAGAGCUGCGAGGAUGGGACUGGAUCUUUGGAAAGACACCCAAGUUCAGCAUCCAAACCCGUCUGAAAAUCACUGACGAUCUUUCAUCAGCUGGCCGCACAGUUGAACUGUCUUUAGAAGUCAAGCAUGGUGUGAUUGAGAACUGUCGGUUGGACGUUCCACCAGACUGGCUUUCGCACCACUUGAGCAGUGAGCUGAGCGAUGUGCUGGAGGGAGAGCGAUUUUGUCCACAACGCACUGCUACAGCUUUUGCGAUGCUGUUGCAUUGCGAGAAUGGAGAGAAGCAGAAGAGACUGCACAGACUUUGUGAUGCCAUAUUGGCGGUCAUGGGUUAAUGAACACUGACUUGCAAUCAUAUCUACAACACGAUAUCAAUAAAUAAAGUAAAAUUAAGUAAAAGAUGCCAACCAUUGUCUUAAAAUACCGCCAGGGGAAACUUGUUAAAAAGAGAUCGUCACGUGUUAAAAUAUAUUUAUUUAUUUAUUAACAUUAUGCACGUUUCUUCUGUAAUUUUAGAGCUAUAAUUUUUUUGCUCGCGCUUAUCGUAUAUUUAGAAUCACAAGUUGUGAGUUGAGGCUGGUAAGCAAAUACUUUUGGAUAUACGUAUAGUACAAUGUAUGGGCCUUCGCUCAAUAAAGGUUUUAAAACACCA